AUGCUUACAAACAUAGUUGGGGAAUGUGGUUUAAUUAACUUUUGCCAUAAUCUUUCUGUUCACCUUGUAGAGAAUGCUGAGGGAACUAGCUCGAUUUCAAGUUUCUUUCAAGAUAAAGAUUGUCAUUCUCUUUCAUCAAGUGGAUGUGAUGGAUUUAAUAAUGACCAUUUCCCUCCAUCUCCUUCCGUAAACAAAAUCUGCACUAGACCAGUGUACCAUGUGCAACAAGUAAGGCCUACAUGUGAGGGAAUUUGUGAUGUUCAUGAAACAUCCCAGCAAAAUAAAACUUUUAACAUUGAUGCAAGAGGGGCAUCGCCAAGAAAGAAAAAACGCAAGGAACUUGGUUCCAUUUUGAGAUACUUCCAAGUUAGUGAUUCCUCUACCAAACAAGUGGUUGAUGAAUUCACUCAAGCAGAUGCACCAUUUCCAACAUCUGGUCAGACCAAUACUUCAAUCUCUGAUAGUGAGAGCUAUAUGGAACCGGAUCCAAGUGAGCACCAAAGAAGCAAUUUGGUGAGAAAUGACAACAAUGACGAGAAUAAUAGUACACAUGUGAAUGAAACUAUGCAGACAAGUACUGCCUGGCAUUUGAAUGUUGAAGAUGUAGAUCCUUCUGUGAUUGAUGAACUGCCUCUAGAAAUCCAGAGAGAAGUUCGAGGCUGGCUUCGCUUGCCAAAGCAUGUACAGGCAACCAAGCGUGGUUCUGAUAUUACUCAAUACUUUUUAUCAGCAAAAAAGUAGUAGGGAUGGAAUUCUCUGAAAGGCGCUUGAUUUUAGCUUUUGGAAGCUGGUUCAGACACAUCUGCCCUUGGUGGUUGUUUUAAGCUUCAUCAUCAUGUGUACAUUAUAACUCUAAUCAGGGAUGAAGAGUGAAGCUCUUGGGGACAGGACAUCAACCGGCUUACUUCAAAUGCAGCCGAUGGCUUGCCUAAUCUUGAAACAGGAGGGAUGGGCAUGUCAGAGUUUGAUUGGUUUAGGUAGCUGACCUUAAAUUUGUGUCUUGGCCAUUUUCUUUUGUGAUUUCUCGCAUGUGGCUUUUGAGCUUCAGCAUCAGAAUAUCAGCUUUAAAAUCGGUUACUACUUCAAAGGUAUGCGUUCAUAGCAAAUAUACCAUUGUGCCCCCUCAAACAGUCUUCUGUAUGCAUAUAUCAUUGUUGUACACAGUUAAUUAAGAAAAGACCUUAUUAGUUUA